AUGCACUCGGAAAGGUUUGUUUUUAACUCUCUCCGGAGAAAUUUUUUUCUUUCAGUUUACUUUUUCAUAUUUUUGCAAAUGGAUAAAUUUAAGAAAGCAAUUUUCUUUAAAUUUUUUUAAAAUUUUCCUCAAAAAAAUAUUUUUCUCAAUAAAAAUUCAAAUUUUAGAUAUGAUCCACCACUGAAGAGGUAUCGACGCGAUGAAACUGCUGACCCCACAAAUCCCAACCCUUCUAUCGUAGUCCAUGUUAGAAACCUCACACCGAAGGUAUUUUAUUUGUUUUAAACUAGUUUUUAGUCUGAAAUAUUCAAUUUGGAUAAUUCCAAUAUUUGAAAAAAAAAAAUGUAAUUCCCUUUUUUCGCUCUUCCAAGUUUGAUGUUUUUCAGGCGACUGAAGCUGAUCUAUUAGAAGCUUUAAGUACUUUUGGUCCUAUUGCAUACGCCACAUGCAUCCCUCAUUCGAGAAUGGCUCUUGUCGAAUUUGAAGAUUUAGACGGUAUUAUUUUUUAGAUUUUUCUUUCAUUACAAUUUUUCUAGGUGCCCGAGCCUGCGUUUCCUUUUCUCAAAGUAGCCAGAUUUUUCGUAGGCGGACAGGUAGUAAAAAGUUUAUUUAUUUAUUUUUAUUAGAUUUUUUUCUAGGUUGCAUUGUUCAACUAUUCCACAUCACAGUGCAUCGAACGUAUGGGUUUCGAGUGCGCAGAACCAAAUAAAGUUGGUUUUUGUUCUGGUGCCUUUUCAAGUUUUACUUUUAGGUACUCGUUCUUACUGUCUUGAAUGCUCUCUACCCAAUCAAUGCAGAUGUGAGUAUCAGGAAUGAGAUUCGUUUUGUGUUCAAUAUUCUUGACAAUGUUAUCCAGUCACAUUUUAAGCAGAGCAUUUUUCUCAACUGACAAAAGUUUUUUAUAACGAAAGAGUUAGCAAAAAAAAUUGAGUUGAUAUAAUUAUUUUGAAAUGUUUUCAAACCAUUUUCAGGUGAUUUAUGAGAUUUGCAAUCCUCAUGGAACAGUUCUUCGUAUAGCAGUUAUGCAUAAGCCGACAGUAAUUCAAGUAAGUACAUUUUCUACAUUGUCUCGAUAUCAUCGACAUUUAAAUUUUCAUUUACUUGCCGUUCAGGCCCUCGUCGAGUUUGAAGACGCUGAAACAGCCAAAGUUGCAAAACACGCGAUGAACGGGGCUGACAUCUACUCUGGAUGCUGUACAUUGAAAGUCGAAUUCGCCAAGGUGAAGUUUUUAAAAAUCAUCUUUAUUUCUAAUUUAAUGUGAAAGCGAAAAUAAUAGCAAAAAGUCAAGGAUGUGGAAAACUAAAAUUAAUUUUUUUCUCUUCAUUCAAAUGUUUCCGAGCUCAUUAUUUUUUAAGGCUAACUGUCAUUCGAAUAAGUUUAAAUUCGUGGCAUUUGCUUAUAUUUUCAACAAUAUUGUUGUUUUCAGCCGGAUUACGUCAAAGUUACCCGCCAAGACCAGGACCAGCGUGAUUAUACUUUGCCUCACAGUUUGUUUUUUCAAUUAAAUCUAUCAUUAGACAGAAUGAAAUUAUUUUUUGUGCAUUGUGAAACGCUGCAUCUAAAAAGAAGCAAGCAAAAGCCCGCAAAGCAACAAGAUGCAUACAAAAUAAUCCGUCGGACAUUCAACGAAGAGCACCAAAGCCACAACGAAGAAAGACAACUACAAACACCAAAAAUGCACACAAAACGGCAAAAAAUUGUGCAGAAUCUGCCUAAUCAUGGCAUUUUGAAGGAGUCGGGACCUUGUCUCCAACCGAAAACUUCCUCCCGCCGAACUUCUCGGCCCACGUUCCACUCUUGCUUGUCCAUUUCAUGUUGUUGCGUUCUGAAUCGGUACGGUAAGGUGAAAACUUCGGGCUGAGAGGUAUUUCGUGUCCGAAGAGUUUCGACGGGCUAUUUCGUCGUCUUGUUCGCUAAAAAAUGACCUGGUAGCCCCUUUCAGGAAAUUUGUUUUUUUAUUUUGGAUUACCUUCUACAGAGGCUGUAGGACUGAGAAGAAAAAUGACUUUAAAACUCUCAUCCUCUCAUAAUUUAUUUUUAUGGUUUAUGCAAGUUCUAUGGGAAAGUUUGAUCAAUUCCAAUCAAUCAGACAAAGUUCAAGCGAUUUUUUAAAAAAAAUUACAUUUCACGAACGAGAAUAUUUUCACUGGCAUUUCGAUCACUAUAUUUUCUUUUAAAUUUUUGAAAAGAACUCUGAAAUAAGGCUCUAUGAAAAGACGCUAGGAAUGUCCUUUUGAAGCAAACCUUCUUUUUCAAGAAUUUUAUUGAAUGUACCCAUUUUUGCCAGAGCGGACCCAAUAAGACUUUCUAGGAAAGGAAUAGUUACUCAUCUAGGGUUUCUGAGUCUUUGGGUGUGUUCAAGUAGUUUUUAUUUCCAUUGAGUGCUAACUCAAAAAUUUCUAAUUUUUUUGUGAUAAUUAAUUUUUCAUUUUCAUGCAUACAACUUUAUUAUGUAAAAGUUGCGUUCCGAGGAUAAUUAUUGUUCCCUGUGUCUUGUUGGAGAAAUGUUGCAAAGCGGAGUUUUAACAUGCGGAAUUUUAAUGAAAGCGGAUCCUAAUUCAUUUUCCAGAGUAUUUGAAAAAAUUUUGUCACACCAUUUAGAUUAUUCUUUGGUAUAAGCACGGCUCUACUCGCAUUUGAAAUUUUCAGCAGACGCGUAUGAUGAUCCACCGUCGCGGAGAACUCUGUUACAAGGAAGUGAGCCUGGACCACCGGGUAGGGCUCUCUUGUCCGAAACGGAUAAUUCUUCUCUUAAGGCUAUGGCUAUGAAUACGGCGGCCGGGGUGGCUACCGAGGCCGUGGACGGUGGCCUAGUCGCGGAUAUCAUGGCGGAGGAUACGGUAGGGAGAGCUACGCCGAUCGCUUCGACACCGGUGGCUAUAGUGGCCACGGACCUCCUCAAUAUCAUGAAAUGAUUGGCGGACAGGUUUUGGAAAGAUUUUGCCAUCAGUUUCGGAAAAUUCGAAUUAUAGGGAUGUGUAUUGAUGGUUUAUGGGAUCGAACAAGAUAAAAUAAACUGCGAAAUGCUCUUCAACAUUCUUUGCUUGUACGGCAACGUGAUGCGAGUGAGACAUAGAUUUUGUGUCGUUUUUUUAAAUAUGAAUUGUUUCAGAUAAGCUUCAUGAGGUCGAAGACAGAAACAGGAAUGAUCGAAAUGGGCGCUCCUAGUGAAGUACUUGAAUUCCGUUGAUUUUUUUUUCCCAAUUAGAAUUUGAAGGUGACAAACGUACUGAAUUACUUGCAAAACAUAGAACUCUUCGGGUUGAAACUCGAGUUCAAGCCGAGUCACCAGGAGGGAGUUCACAACAUGAGGUUCACAUGAAGAUUUAUUUUCCAGGUUGUAAUAUUAGCUUCAGAGAUCCAUUCCCACUACCUGAUGGAACUCCUUCAUUCCGGGAUUAUACGAAUUCCCGAAAUCAGAGGUUCACGACUCCUGAAAACGCAGCCAGAAACCGAAUAGUGCAUCCAACAAGAUUCCUUCAUUGGUUUAAUGCUCCCGCAAACAUGGACGAAGCGAAGCUCAGAGAGGUUUUUUUUUUUGCUUCGAAAUUUUAUUUUAAAUGUAGGAUGAAUGUUGGUAGAAGCUCAUAUAUAUUAACAAAAAAGAUAAUUAAACUCGGAGCGUGAAAAGUUACUGGAACAACUUUAAAAAAAGGGUUUUGUUAUACGACUUUGAGCUCCGGAAUAUUUCUUUUGGGUUCCCUACAGCCGAAAUGUUCGGUUCGUUUUCAGAAAAGUUAAAACUGAAAUGAAUUUCAUAUGUAAGAGUGAAAGUUUCAUUUUUCGUCUUGAUUUUUACAUGGUACUUGCAGCUCCUUCGUGAGAAAAAGUGUCCUGAAGCGAUCACCGUAGAUGCGAUGCCUUCGCGCACCGAUCGGUCUGCCACAGGGACUAUCGAAUUUUCGACGGUCGAAGAGGCGAACGAAGCCCUCGCACUGGCCAAUCACACACCUGUCGUCAGUCCUGUCGGAAAAGUAUCAAAUUACGUUUGAUUAAAGUAAUACAGAUCUUUACAGGCUCCGUACAUUGUGAAGCUGGCCUACGCAACACCUAAACGGUAUUUUGAAGAAGAAAAGACAGAAGAGUCGAGUGAACAACCGAGCGAGGAGCACGAAGAAGGACGUAUCAAGGAAGCCGAAGACGUCGACGAGCGAGACCACAGAAAUGACCGUGGUUACGGUGGCUCUUCCAGAGGUCCGCAUUUUCCUAACUGAUUAUGAUUUUUCUCACACUCUUUCUGGUAGUUGAUAGAUUGAAAAAAAUAGUUUUUCUUUGUUUUUUUGGAUCAUUUUUUUCAAUUACUUCUGAGAGUCAGCAGUGAACGAAAAUGCUGAAAACAAAAAUUAGAAUAAGCUCUUUGUAGUUUCAGUUGCAGAAACUGUCGCUCAAAAUAAUUGGUCAAGUGAUAACUUUUCUAAAUAAUAAACGCUAUAGUGGAAAAACUGCAGAAAAAGUUUAAAUAAUAUCGGCUGCACUAGUCCGUUCAAAAUCCUCAUCGAGUUGUUUGGAGUUGCAAAAAAAUGGCCAUAAGUAACAUUGAGAAAUUUUUUUAAAGGUUUUUAUAUUUAUUUCAAUCAAUACUCAAGGUUUCUUCAACAUAUUGAAUUUAUUGAAAUUUAGAAUAUCGUGGCGGAUACCGUGGGGAGUACCGUGGACGCGGUGGAUACCGAGGACGUGGGCGGUAUUUUUAUUUCUUAUUUGUAUUCAAAAAAAUUAUUGAAAAAAACUGAAGUUUUUUUGAUCUCACCAGAACUUUUUUUGAUUAACGGAAAAAAACAACAUUUUUUUAGCGGCGAAUUCCGUGGCGAUUUUCGCGGUGGCUACAGACCACGAGGCUCCUUCCGAAGUCGCGGACGUCCCCACCACGACUACUGA